AUGAUACAUGUACAGGUGAAACGGAUGGAAGUUCGUGUAGUGCUAUUACUUUGGAUGAUCAACCUGGCAGCAGGAAAACAGGCUAAUAAUAAUUGGCAAUACAAUGGUCAACAAUAUGACAACGCUCAGUAUGCAAAGCUCUUUGGACAGGUAACGGGUAGUAAUCCUGCUCAGGAGCACUUUGGACCCUUUCAGUAUCAAUAUGUGGACUAUCAACCCAACUGCAAGUCUGGUGGACAACCAGUUUGUGCAACAAAUGGCAUGAAAUACUUUUACUUUGAGAAUGACUGCAAACUGGAGGCGCACAACAUAAAGUCACUCUUCCAGUAUGGCACAGAAUUGGAACCCACCGAACUGGAGCGUUGUAUGCCCAAUUGUGCUAACAUUGAAUGCACCACCAAAUAUGCGCCUGUUUGUGCCGCUCCAGAAACUGGACCCCAUCAGGGACAGGGCGUUACCUAUGCCAAUGAGUGUGAGGUGCGACGACGUGAAUGCAUUACCAAAGAAACUCAGAAAUUUCUAAACGACGGACCUUGUCGCCAGCUAAAGUCAACAUCCAAAUCCAAGUCCAAGUCGAAGGGAAAACGUAAGCACCGACGACGUGGUACCAGCACCACGACCACAACAGCCACUCCGAUUGCCAACAGCACUAUUAAAGAGGAAGGGUCAAAAACUAUUUUUGUUAAAUUGUCAGCACGAACGGAAGCACUUAGAAGAGAAGCAACAACAACAACAAAAACGACAACAACAACAACAACACCGGCACCAAUGCAAUUUCAUAAAUACCUAAGCAAUACGAAUCCAGGUGUUUCGGUGUCCCAAGCUGUCAAUGCUUACAGUGUCUAUAAUAUACCCGAUAUGGGUGACAACUAUGCUGAAAUAAUGGACUCGAAUCUGUCCUUGUAUUUACCUGGUUUCGGCAUUGUGACUGACACGCCCCCGAAAACCACCAGCAUAGCGACAACUACAACAUCAACCACAACACCCAAGCCCACAAACACAACCCUUCCGUCCACCAACUCAACAACACAACCAAUCACACCGAAAGAAAUCAUCAUUCUUCUGCCCUACAACAAAACAUCAACACCCACGCAAGAUCCAAGUACUAUGAUAUCAUGA